AUGCGCCCCACGCUCAAGAUAUCGCGCUGCGUGCUAUCGCGCGCGGCGUCGUCGAAGGCGGCCGUAGGCGCGGCGCUCGCGCCCGCAGCCGCGCGCGACCCCGGCGCGCAUUUGCGCCGCUCGGCGGCGCCCGAGCCCGCGUACCUCCCGACCUCCGCAGUGUCGGGCGAGGGCCGCGCCCGCUCCGCCCUUUUUGGGCAGUAUCCGACGCGCACGAAAGUCAACUACGCCGCGCGGCGCGCGAAGCCGGCCUCGACGGCGUGGCGCCACGACCCUGUCGCCGUGAUGCAGAACACGCCGCUGCGACGCUGCGCCGUCUCCCGCUGCAGCUUGCACACCGCGUACAUGCUCAACCUGCGCGCACUGUUGGUGCGUGACACGCGCGGGACGCCGCGCGUCAUCGCCGCGCCGGACGGGCUGCGGCACCCGCGCUACGCGGGCCGCCGGACGGGGCUGGGCGCGUGGGUCGCGCUGCGGCGCGACAUCGUCGCAGGCAUCGGGCAUAGUAAGCGCCAGCUGGCGAACAUCACCAAGGGCCCGCCGAAAAUCCCUGACAACUUGCUCGAGCAAGUCGAGGGGGAGCUUGUGACGCGUGUCGCGCAAGAGCUCGAGCUGUUGCGCGCGCGCGUCGCCGCGGCGCCGGCCGGGGAGGGCGUGGACGCAGCACGCGUGCUGCGCCCGCUGUCGCCUGCGGAGGUCGAUGGCGUGGCGCACGGCGCGGCGCCCCGCAGCGCCAUCGCCGUGCUUGAUGUUCGGUUCGGCGCGAGGAGCAGGUUGACGGAGGCGGAGCGCGAGCACCCAACCGUGCGGAUGCUGCGGCGCGAGGGCGCGAACUCGACGAAGGAAGGGGACGUGCCCCUCUUCCCGCUGCAUGCGUUGUUGGGUGCCGAGCCGCGGUGUGCCGCGCUGGUGGAGGACGUGUUGGCUGCGCAGCGGGUUUUCGCGCGGCGAUGCGCGGAGGCUGCAGGUGGGCAUGUCACGACGCCGACGGAUGAAGUCGAGGCGCACCGGGCUGAGGAGGAGGCUGCGCUCGUGGCGGUCCAGAUCCCUCAAAUCGAUAGUGGGCGGGAUGGGGGUGUGCCGCUUGUUGUGGCGUUGUGGCGGGUGUCGCUGUGGCGCGGGGAGGGGUGGGAUUUGGUGGAGGCUGCGGGGGAGGGAGGGGAGGGCAGCAAGGGCGGCGAGGGUGGCGAAGAGGCCGAGGGAGGUGGGGACAAGUAG